AUGGCUGCUAGCGAUACCGCUAAAAUGAAAACCAAACCCGGAAAGCCUCGUUUCAUCUUUGUGGUCGGCGCUCCUGGCGCAGGCAAAGGGACCCUCUCCAAGCGACUGGCUGAAGCCUUUGGCUACGUCCACAUCUCCGUUGGCGAUCUCCUCCGCGAGACGGUUUCCGACCCGGCAACAAGCGACUUGAUCCGCGGCUACGUCGAGCGUGGAGAGCUCGUGCCCGGAGAGCAUUUGUUCCCCAUCAUCAAAGCGAAGCUUCGCGACUGUGUCGCCGGCCAGGUCGUCAUAUUGGAUGGAUUCCCUCGCCAACUUGGUCAAGUGGAGGGUUUCGAGAGAGAGUUUGGAGAGCCACUCCUUGUUUUGUUCUUCAACUGUCCCCGGGAUCUUGCCAAAGGCAGGGUGCUUGGCAGACAGGAGGGCCGAGCGGGCGAUACCAGCGACAUGUUUGAAAAGAGGUUCAAGGAGUACAUCAAUCUCAACCCGGAAAUUCUCGACUACUACGGUCGGGACAGGGGCAAGCUCCUUGAGGUGGAUACAAGUAGAGAUUCGGAUACUUCGUACGGAAACCUGCUGAGGCUCCUUCAGACCAGGCGGGAAUGGCUGAUGCUGCUGGCCGAGGACACGUACCAGCCGUGA